CGUCACACGAAAACACGUUUUUGUGCGCGUUUUGAUUAUUUUAUCCGCCGUUUAUGCUAGAUUAAGUCUCGAUUCUAUCCUUGACGACUGCGAGAACUUUGUAUCAGUGCAGAGUCUUGUCAUGAAAACCGGAUCAGUGGAUACUGAUCACCACCAGAACAAACACAAAAGCUGUUUGACAUGUAAAGUAACUGGUUCGGUUACUUUUUUAAUGGUUGCUGCUUAUUUUUAUUCCAAAUGCAAACACAUUAAACCCGUGUAUUACUUAGGAACUCCAAGUGUAAUAUAUUUAGCUGUGGCUAGAGCAUUUGAUUUGAAACCUUUCAAUAAUUAACAUUGCAUACCAACAACAAAUUUUAUAUUAUUUUAUAAUAUAAGUCAGUCCAAUCAUUAUGCAGCCCUCAUUAUCAGAAAAACACUCAGAACAUCUGCCAGUUGUUAAGAUUUCAGCUAAACCGAUACAAAAAGUGAAUAAGAACAAGCCCAAGUUUAAAGAAAACAAUUUGUUGUUUAAAUAUGGAAAUUAUAACAGAUAUUAUGGUUAUCGUAAUCCAGAUGAUAAAGACGACAGGCUGAAAGUGUUAGCUGAACAUAUAGAUUUAUUUUAUAACAAGGACGUGUUAGACAUAGGCUGUAAUAUUGGUCAUGUGACAUUCAGCGUUGCUAGAGAUUUUGGUGCAAAAUCAGUUGUAGGAAUGGAUAUUGAUCGUAAGCUAAUAAAUAUUGCACGCAAAAAUGUACAAUAUUAUACCAACGAUAUGGUGCAGUCUCCAAAUUACCAUUUUAAAGAUUGUACUUCAAAAAGUCUUAAUGAUACAAACUGUGAUAAAAUUGAAUCAUUUCCUAUGUCAUUACCUAUGCUGUAUGGUCCUAUUAAUUUAGCUGAUAUGGCAGUAUCUAAAAAAUUUCCCAACAAUGUCUCUUUUGUACAGGGAAAUUAUGUAUUAGAAUCUGAUCUUUUACUAUCAUUGGAAACGUGUAAGUUCGACGUUAUUCUCUGUUUAAGCAUUACCAAAUGGCUUCACUUGAACUGGGGUGAUGACGGUUUAAAACGAGCUUUCAAACGUAUGUAUGCACAGUUGCGACCUGGUGGAAUACUUGUGGUUGAGCCUCAGCCGUGGAAAUCGUAUGGUCGUAGAAAAACAUUGACGGAAACCAUUUGGCGAAAUUAUAAAAACAUUCAACUGAAACCUCCAAUGUUUACAGACUAUCUGUUGAACGAAGUUGGUUUUGCUAACUGUGAAACUCUUACCAUGCCUCACAAUCCAUCUAAAGGGUUUCAGCGUCCGCUCAAGUUGUAUAGAAAAUCUAACAUAUUAGUAUCUAGAAACAAACCAAAGUGUACGAUAGUUAAACCAAAUGAAACCCAACAAUCAUAAACAUGGUAUUGUAAUACUCACUUAAUUUGUUUUAAGCUUUUGGCAUACUUUUGAUCUAUAUUUAAUUGUAAUUUAACAUGUGUAAAUUGACGUUUAUUACCUACUAAGUUGUUAUUUAAUAUUUUUAUAUCUCUUAAUAUUUAAUGCUAUCCUAAAAGUUAUAUUAAUU